AUGCCAAGACAAAAUCAAAAAGGGCCUCAACAAAAGGAUAUGAGCAGAUGAGCAUCUUCUAUGUGACAAUAUUGUUGGUUAGCUGUCCUAGGGACACUCACAGUCCUAAAUUCUUAUAUGAGAUGAUGCAUGCUCUAUGAAUCCUUGUGACAAUAUGCUGCUACCCGAGCACAAGUAACAAUAUUAGCACGAGAGAAAGGGUAAAGCUACCUUCCAUGCUUGUUUGAAUGGAGCUUGUAAAGAUACACACCUUCUUCUAAGAUAAACUUGAUAGAAUCUGGUACAGGACUCUUAAAAUAUCAAAUUGAGCAAGUAAAGAGAACGAAAGAAGAAAGAAUGCAGAUGAGUACUGACGUGACUCAGUCAUUGUAUAUUAAAUCACGCAAAUAUAAAAUUUAUAAAACUAGAAAAUACGAAUUUUUAGAUAUUUAGAAGUAUUUCUAAAUAAAUAUAUCAAUUAUAAUUUAAUAAAAAUUCCAAAAAUAGCGGUAAUUUUCCAAGUCGAUCACAGGGAUGUAAUAUAAUAUCUGGUAAUUAUUCAGAAUUUUUUCUCAAUGAAUACGAUUUUCUUACGAAUUUUAUACUAGGAAAUAAAAAGGAAAUAAGGGUGCGGGCGUCAGGAUGACGUCAGUGCCAGGCAAACGCGAAUCAGGCGGAAACAGAGUUCCGCCCGGUGAUUCUUACGUAAGCGAUUACAGACGACUUAAUUAAUCAAAUUAAGAUCUGUAAAAGCUGGAAGAAUCUUAAUAUAACGAAGUAUAGUUUGGUAAAUUAAAAUCACAAAAAGUAUCACUAAAUAAAGCGUAAAUUAAAUUGAAAGCAGGAAAACAGAGUUCCGGCGUCGUGACGGCGAUGCGUCAGCAAUGCACCGGAAUCCUGAGCGCUCGGGAGGAUCGUCGUGCAGUGUCCACGGCCUCAAAGGCUCUCCUUGGACAAAGACAACGUGGGCAAUCUCUAGAUCUUCUCGCGAAGUCUAGAGAUCAAUGAAGUGGGUCGUCGAAUCGUCUCCGGCGGCUGUCACCUGGCGGAGCGGAAAAACGGCGACUUUGCGGCUCUCCGGCGGCUGUCACCCGACAGAGAGGAGCUGGAUGGAGGUGGGGCGCGUGUCAGGGAGCUUCAUCCUCAGGUCUGCGCAGCAAGAGGAGGCUCUUCAUCACAUCUGGUACGCUCUCAGGAGGUGGCGACUGGUCUCCCGGCGGAUCAUCCUCUUCCCGACGACGGCUUGUUCGUCGAUCAAUCGGAGAUGA